AUGGAUUCAAAGAUGUCUGAGUCUUUGACCGUUGAUGCAGAGAAGCAGCACCAGCAAACUCUCCCUGUGGACGCGGAGAAGCGACAGCUCGCCGGCGCAGAGAAGACCCCGAGCGUACAUCCAUCCACGAAGACGGUAGUGGGCAGCGACAAAUCCAAGUUCCAGGAUGCCUUCCGGGUCGAGCUGGACGCCUCGGACGAUCCGAAACAACUACCGCCCCUACGGAAAUGGAUCAUCAUCAUUGUGAUUAGCACCUCAGCACUCUGCACAGCAUUUGCUUCUUCAUGUGCAAGCUUCACGGAGGAAGGGAUCGCGCGGGACCUACACGUUGUCCGUGAAGUCGGGAUUCUGAGCAUAAGUCUAUUCGUCGAGGGACUGGGGUUGGGGCCUUUGAUUACAGGCCCACUCUCGGAAGUGUACGGUCGGAACAUCAUAUACCGUGUCUCGUACUUUCUCUUCUUUGUGUUCACAUGGCCAGUAGCCUUUCCUCCAAACAUCGCCACCUUUCUGGUCUUCCGGUUUAUCACCGGCUUCUGCAGCUCCGCCUUCCUGUCCGUAGCUGGAGGAAGUGUCAGCGACCUGUUUGAGAAUAGGAAGGUUGCUUCACCUAUGGCCGUGUAUACGAUCUCGCCGUUCUUGGGGCCCGUAAUCGGCCCCAUCGUCUCUGGGUUCAUCUGUCAAAAUGCCAACUGGCGCUGGGUAUAUCGCGUCCUCCUCAUCUGGCAGUUCGCGAUGCUGAGCCUACUCAUCGUGAUUGUUCCUGAAACUUAUGAACCAGUUCUUCUGAAGGCAAAGGCAGUGAAACUCCGGAAGACGUCAGGGGACGACAGAUACUGGGCCCCCCUCGACAGACGCGAGAAGUCCCUUAGCCGCUCUAUCCUCGAGAGCAUCUAUGUUCCAUUUCAGCUUAUUCUCUACGACAGGAUGGCUUUGCUUCUAGAUGUCUGGACGGCAUUAUUGCUGGGUAUCCUCUACCUCGCGUUCCAAGCGUUCCCGAUCAUCUUUGAGGGCAACCACGGGUUUUCCAUGCAAGAAACUGGCUUGUCUUUCAUAGGCAUCGGUGUUGGCAUGGUCAUAGCUGUGGCAUGCCAGCCGCUCUGGAAUCGCUUCAACGCGCGGAUGCGCGAAAAGCACAAUGGCCACCCACCCCCUGAGACCGGCCUCAUCGUGGGUCAAGUCGGUGGCAUCCUCGCGCCCAUCGGUCUCUUCUGGCUGGCGUUUACGACGUAUCCCGGCGUGCCCUGGAUCGUGCCGAUCAUCGCCUCCGUCCCCUUCGGCGCAGGCAUCGUCUUCAUCUUCACGUCCGUCUUCACGUACCUCGUCGUCGCGUACCGCCCGAUCGCUGCGAGUGCCAUGGCGAGCAACAGCGCGCUGCGGAGCACGUUCGCGGCGGUCUUCCCUCUGUUUGCUGGGCAGAUGUACGAUCGCCUCGGCACUGUGGGGGCUACUGCAUUGCUCGCCGGUUUGACGACGCUCAUGGCACCUCUGCCAUUCGUCUACUACCGGAUCGGUCACAGGUUGAGACAACGGUCCCGCUUUGCGGUGAAAACUUAA